AUGGCUCCCAAGAAGAAGGAACAGCAGAAAAUGUCCCUGGGGGACUUUCUGACUGAUGGUGGGUUUGGUGGAGGUUCUUGGGCUGAUGAAGUGGAAGAAACUUAUGUUACGGGUACUCAGCCACUCCCUGCUAGCGACCGCCCUCGCUUCACCAGUGGUAACUCUGGCAUGUCGUCGUGGCAAGAUAGAGGUUACUCUGUCCGUGAGAAUAUUCCCCAAAAGUUUCCCGAGAAGCCUCCCUUCACGGCUCACCUUGGCAAUCUGUCUUACGACGCGACUACCGAGACGGUCACCGAAUUCUUCGACGGCUGUGAGAUUGUUAGUGUCCGCAUCAUCGAGGAUCGCGAAAUGCAGCGUCCCAAGGGUUUUGGAUAUGUCGAGUUUACCAAUGCCGAAGCUCUUAAAAAGGCCUUGACCCUUGAUGGGGAGUCCUUCCAAGGGCGAAUGAUCAAGAUCAAGAUUGCCGAUCCGCCUCGUGGUGGUGAUAGUCGCGGCGACUCGUCGCGUGAUCUUAGCGAUUGGACGCGGAAGGGUCCUCUGCCUGACUUGCCUGGCCGAAGCGGUGGUGGCCGUCCCGGUUCUGAUUUCGGGAGUGAACGCGAGCGCCGCUCUCCUCGCGACCCUGCGGCCGAGAGCCGUGCCCCGCGUGAGAUGACAUGGGAGCGACGAGGACCUCUUGCUCCGCUGCCACCUCAGGAAGGUGGCCCUCGAGAUGGUAGCCGACCUCGCCCUGGACCCGACAGCCUCGGAGAGCGGGGCGGGUCUCAUCGUGGAAGUCGUCAGGAACCGGCUUCUUGGGGAGAGGGUCGACAGGAGACGGCUCGUCCUCCUCGACGGGAGCAGCCUGAGCGUGCCCCUACCGCGGCCGAGAAGGACUUUCAGUGGCGCAGCAGCAUGCGGCCUGAUGCUGCUGCUGUCAAGCCGGCGGCGCAGGACAAUACCUCCGAGUCUCCGGCAGCUCCGGCGGCGGCAUCUCCCCCCCCGACAGCUCCCGCUGCCCCCGCCAGCCGCCCCCGUCUCAAUCUACAGAAGCGCACCGUGUCUGACGCCCCCGACGCCGUGGUGACCGCCAGCGGCGACGCCAAGGCCAGCCCGUUUGGAGCGGCAAGACCGAUCAACACUGCCGCCCGAGAGCAGGAGAUUGAGCAGAGGCGUCAACUAGCCAUUCGCGAGAAAAAGGAAGCGGAGGACAAGGCCAAGGAGGAGCGCCGACUGGCCAAACAAGCGGCCGCGGACAAGGAGGAGGCGGGAGGAGCUGGCGCCGCAGCUGACAAGGAGGAGGGUGCCAAGGAGGAGGAAAGCCAGCCCGGGACGGAAACCAAGAAUGGCGAUGCUGGUGAGAAGCAAGACGAGGAGGCUGCUUCGUCGAGCGAACAAAAAGAGGGCCCGAGAACUCGGGAGCACAAAGAAGGCAACGAUUCCAAGUCCAAGGCUGCCGAGGUGUCCAACUGGAGAUCGGCUCCCAACGACCAGCGUGGUCCCCGUGGACCGGCGGGUCACGGCCGCGGUGGCCGAGGCGGCGCCCAGCGAGGAGGUGCGCGCAACGACGGCCGAGGGCCCCGUGCCAACGGAAACACGGCACAGCACAGCCCUGGGCAGGGGGGGAGCGAGGGAGAGGGUGCCGCGGUGGAUGAGGAGGGGUGGACGACUGUGCCGAACAAGAAGGGACGUCCGGGACGUCCCCUGGCGUCUUAG